UCUGGUGGGACCCUGGGGCAGAGCCUUCCCAGGGCCAGUGGAAGUAUUUGGGACCCAAAUCCUUAAGAAAACAAGAACUUUAGAACUAAGAUGUGUUUGUUUACUAAGGGUGACACCAAGGCUUGUUUACCUGCACUCCUUGGUGACAUGGCAGCAGGGGCAGAUUCUUGGCUUGGACGGGGAGGUCCCCAAGCAGAGUGCCAGGGGCCUGCUGCACUUUGGGUGUUUGGCCCACGGCUCCGGGCCUUGUGUGGCUUUUCCCCUCGGCACGUCAUCACCCGCCUCCCUGGCCAGGUGCACACACCUUGUUCCCCGUCCCGUCCCCACGUGCACCCAGUCUUCUGCCGGAACCCAGGAGGGAUCUGGCAUCUUAGGUGCGGUCGGGUCUGAUCCGAAGGGGCGGGACUUUCUUUCUGGGAAGCCUGGUCUCCUGAAAGCCUCUUCUGCCCUGAGCGGCCUAAGGGCACGCGACCAGCCCUCCUCGGUGACCACAAAGCACCACGGGGGACCGUGCUGGCGGAGAGCCGGGUGCUUGGCCGGCCGGCCGGCCAGAGUUCUAAGUCCUACCAGGUUCAGCCCACUCCUGCCCCUUCCCCUCCAGGCCUGGGACAGCUGUGGUGAUGGCACAGCCCCCAGCCAACAAUAACGGUCGCUAGUGGGCCUGCAGGACUGGGAGAGCCGGCUCAGCAGGUCCCCGAGCACCUGUGCCAGGGGCCACCCCUCCUUGGUCUCAAGGUCCUGCCUGGUAGGCCCAACCCGUUCCAGCUCAGCAGCGACCCAGGCCCAGGGCCGCCAGGAUAGCAGCUCAGCUCAGGCCCUGACUCCUCCUCGACUUCACAGCACCCAAGGCCGAGGCCCUGCCAUGGCCAGCCCUGGGAAGCCUGGAGCUGGGGAGGCCCCGGAGGAGGAGGGGGAGGACGAGGGCCAGGCCCUAGGGCCACUGGCAGCGAUGCUGGAGCAGGCUCGGGAGCUGUUUCUGCUGUGUGACAAGGAGGCCAAGGGCUUUGUCACCCGGCACGACCUGCAGGGCCUGCAGAGCGACCUGCCCCUCACACCGGAGCAGCUCGAGGCUGUGUUUGAAAGUCUGGACCAGGCGCACACCGGCUUCCUAACAGCUCGGGAGUUCUGCCUUGGCCUGGGGAAAUUUGUGGGGGUGGAGUUGGCCCAGGGCGCUCCGCCCUCCCAGGCUCCAGAAGAAACCUUCGAGGCGGGCUGGUCAGAUGCGGAAGGCACCGGGGGCUCCCUGGAGGAGGAGGAGGAAGAGCGAGUCGGUUCUGCACUGGAGCAGCUGGGGGUGGCCCAGGUCCUGGGCAAACAGCCGGCCAUUCGGACACUUUGGACCCGACUGCAGCGUGAGCGACCCGAACUGCUGGGCUCCUUCGAGGACGUUCUGUUGCAUGCCUCGGCCUGCCUGGAGGAGGCAGCCCGAGAGCGGGAGGGCCUGGAGCAGGCGCUGCGGCGGCGGGAGAGUGAGCACGAGAGGGAGCUGCGGUGUCUGUACGAGGAGAUGGAGCAGCAGCUUCGCGAGCAGCGCCAGCGCCCUCAGGACCUCCCCAGGGAGGAGCAGAGAGGCCGCCUAGAGCUGGAGCUGCAGAGCCGUGAGCAGGAGCUGGAACGCGCGGGGUUGAGGCAGCGGGAGUUGGAACAGCAGCUGCAGGCCCGGGCCGCUGAGCAGCUGGAGGCGCAGGCGCAGAACGCCCAGCUGUGGCUGACCAACGAGGCGCUGCGGACGCAGCUGCAGGGGGCACAGGAGCAGCUCCGCAGGCUGGAGGGCGACAGGCAGGGUCGCCGGGAGCAAACCCAACGAGACAUGGUUGCUGUCUCCAGGAACAUGCAGAAAGAGAAGCUCAGCCUCCUGCGGCAACUGGAACUCCUCAGGCAGCUGAACACAAGGCUACGAGACGAGAGGGACGUCUGUGAGGCCAAGCGGCUGGGCAGUAGCCACAGGAAGGCUCUGACCACGGCCCCUCUGCCGGGCCCUCCCUGCUGCUGCUGCUGCUGCUGUUGCAGUAGCUGGGCUCGCCCCCCCAGACGGGGCUCUGGCCACCUUCCCAGUGCCCGAUGACCAGGCCAAGUGACUCACUGGGUGUUACUUGGUUACUCAGAGAAACGGCCCCUUGAAGGUGACUCGUCAUGGCCAGGGGCUGCCCAUCCGGGAAACGGGUUGCCAGUGGACUGUCUGGCCCACCUGACUGGCAGGCAUGAAGGAACUAAUCUGGGGCGGUCAGGGUCUCAUGUAGCCCAGUCCCAUCCCAUCGAAACCAGCAGAACCCCCUCUUCCAAAUAAAGUCUACUGACCUUAA